UCUGAUCAAAUUGCAAGCGCGUCUAAUGCUUUCCUCCCCUGUCGUCUUGUAGAAAGCUGUAGACGUAGCAGCAGUUUCUUACUGUAGUAUUAUUCUGGUUUUUGGAUGAGCCCACGGCUGAUGCGCACAUCACGUCUACCAAUCAACGCGACGCGUUACGACUGCGCGCUGCACUCUCAGCCACUGAGAGCAGUCAAUGAAUAUUUAUGGCGAGGCUGCUCACUCUCCAGCGCUCAAAGUUAGUGGAUUAGCAGUGGGAGGAUGACUGCGUGAUACGACAUCAGCACCUCGUUUGGAUUAAGAUCCAGCGUUUGCGCCGAUUGCCACUUGAAAUCAGCGGUGUGAAGGACAGCGGUGUCAAAAUUGCACUCCAGAAGCGGUAUCGGGUGCAGACGUGCCCUGCACAUCACUUCACAGACUUUGCUAUCUCUUUGCCCCUUUUCUUCUAAGAUGCCAAGACUUCCAUCAGCAUCAACCCCCUCAGUCUACAGCCGAGAGGGCUGCUCGUUUGGAAGGACGCCCUACCGCAGCCGUUCUCAUCUGCAAGUUCAAUCCGAUCAAUUGUGACAAAGGCUGUCAGCGUCGGAAUAAGAAAUCAAUACUCGAGACGUUCUUCUGGAAUUUUAACGAUCCGUUUUCCUCAAGCGAAGCGCGCGUGGAGAGCGCGGGAUCCUCCUCGCACUUUCAGAUGUUUGCGGUGUUGAUGGUGACAGAUUAUUGUUGUUGAGUGUCCAUGCGAGACUUGGGGUGGAAACAUGUCUGGCCACUUCUCUGAGAGGUUCGCUGCUAUCAGAGAUGGCAUUUUGGUCCAGCACUUCGGUUUUUACUUCUAAAGUGCCCCGGAAGAUCUUAUUCAUGUUCACCUUGUCCCUUUCUGUCACCUAUCUGUUCUAUAGCUUGAUGAGCUGUUACAACUCCUUCCAGUUCCAGGAGAACUACGUCUAUCAGGGGAGGCUCGUGACAGAGGAGACAACUUUUGUUACGCUGAGGGAAAAACUUUACUCGACCUCUUCGCAGGUCUACCUCGACGAGGAGUUCGUCGAAAGAACGGCGACAGAGCAAACCAUCGCCGUCUCGAGCGUUAGAAAUAGCGUGGGGAUCGACGAGAGGACGGCGGGAUGGGUGCGAGCUCAGGCGGCUACGACGCGCUCCGCCGCCGCCGUCGCCGCUGCUGGUGAGCCCCCGGAAUUCAGCACCACGGACAGCGAGCUUCGGAGAGCGGUGAACUGCACCUCGGAUUACGGGGUUAAAAAAUUGCCCCAAGCCAUUAUAAUCGGAGUGAAGAAAGGGGGGACAAGGGCUCUGCUGGAAGCUUUGCGGGUUCAUCCCGAUGUGCGAGCCGUUGGGAAUGAGCCUCACUUCUUUGACAGGAACUACGAGAAGGGGCUGGAUUGGUACAGGGAGCUGAUGCCGUCUACUCUGGAGGGACAGAUCACGAUGGAGAAGACACCCAGCUACUUCGUGACAAACAGCGCCCCGAAGCGAAUCCACUCGAUGGCGAGAGACAUUAAGCUAAUCAUAGUCGUCCGCAACCCAGUGACCAGAGCCAUUUCGGAUUAUACUCAGACGCUCUCCAAGAGGCCCGAGAUUCCUACUUUCGAAGUGCUGGCCUUCAAGAACCGAACGCUGGGCUUGAUCGACGCGUCGUGGAGUGCCCUGCGAAUAGGGAUCUACGCGCUUCACCUGGAGAGCUGGAUGCAGUAUUUCCCGCUCUCGCAGAUGCACUUUGUCAGCGGAGAGCAGCUUAUCGUCGAUCCGGCCGGCGAGAUGGCAAAGGUGCAGGAUUUCCUGGGACUCAAGCGUAUUGUUACUGACAAACAUUUCUAUUUCAAUAAAACCAAGGGAUUCCCUUGCUUGAAGAAGCCAGAGGACAGCAGUACCCCACGGUGCCUUGGCAAGUCCAAGGGCAGAACUCACCCCAAAAUAGACCCCGAUGUCAUUCGCAGACUGCACAAAUUCUACAAGCCCUUUAACAUGAUGUUCUACCAAAUGACAGGGCAAAACUUUCAGUGGGAACUGGAGGAGGACGGCAGCUUGCCUGGCUCUCGGGACUAAACCACUGCUGCUCUCCACACCACCAGCCUUCUCAUAGCCGAACGCCCCUCAUCGAUCCGUGCUUCAACACGCCAAUCGGUCAUUGCUGUCUUUGCGAAAGUGUGUGUACCCAUAGCAAGAGUGCUAAUCUGCUGUGUCAACCCCCAAUACCAAUGGUGUUUAUGAUGGCAAACAUGGUUAUUGUACAUAUUAUCCCGAACAUAAAUAUAUUUAUAUUUGUCAAGAGAAGAGGAUUUUAUUCAUUUUCUUCAGAAAGAGUUGCUAUACGAAUCAUGUCUUCUAUGAUGAUGCAUGCGACGAGUUAAGUGUCCUUACCCACCGUCACCCUGAGGAUUUUCUUUUUAAUCUCUCCCUUUUUCUCGCACACCAGCAGUGAGUGCAGUACAAUUGAGUCUGAGGGAUCAUUCGAGGUUAUUUGUGGAUUCAGAAGACUAGAAACAACUACAAUCAAAUGCAGAUCUUAUCAAUACAGUAAUCCUCUAAAAUGAAAAUGUUUCAGCUAUUUCUGCCCAAUUUUAUGCAUACUGUUUUGUUUUGUGGCUAAUAAAAAUUCAGAUAGUUGGGUCCAAAAGCUUACACUCCUAUAUGCAUUUUUUAAAUUAUAUCAUGUAUUUAAUAUUAUAGUAUGCAAUAUAUUAUCAGAACUACAAUUGUACUGCAUAUAUUUAACAUUUUUCAAAUCUUAAAACAUUUAUUUUCAGGCAUCAGGCUUUUGGACCUUACCUCUUUAAUAAAUUAGCUUGAAGAAAUGCAAUACAUGC